AUGGCUGAAUUUGACCCUCAGAAGAAAUACCAGGAACAAGAGGAGACAUUUUUUGACGAUGGCCGCGAGAUCGAGCUUCUGCAUUUCAUCUACAACAGACCUGACAUCGAGGACAUUCGAGAUUCCCCUCCCAAGGUGCUUGCUGCCAUUGACGAGUUCGCCCGAACGAAGAAGUACCUGAUGAACGUUGGGGAGGACAAAGGCCGAAUCGUGGCGGAUCUCAUAGCCGAGGUCAAGCCUCAGGUCAUGGUCGAGCUUGGCGGUUACGUUGGAUAUUCGUGCAUUCUCUUCGGAGAUGUCAUGCGUCAUGCCGGUGGCAAACGAUACUUCAGCCUCGAACGGAACCCGGAAUUCGCCGCUGUCAUUUCUUCCCUCGUGGAUCUCGCUGGAUUGGGCGACAUUGUCAAAGUCGUUGUAGGGUCCAGCGAUGUUUCGAUCAAGCGGCUACAUGCACGAGGAGCCCUGCAGCACAUUGACUUGAUGUUCCUCGACCAUUACAAGCCGGCGUACACGACGGACCUGAAGCUCUGUGAGGAGCUCAAGCUGGUUACUCCUGGGACUGUGCUUGCCGCCGACAACGUCAUCAAGCCUGGCAAUCCACCCUACCUCGAAUAUGUCCGCAGCACCGUUGAGCAGAAGAAGCAGGCUAGCAAGUCGGGCGCGACCGUCAACGGUGUCGACAGUCGUUUUGCUGACCGGACGGCAAAACAGUACUUCCAGAGAGAAGGAGAGGCCAAGCUAGACGAAUCUGCUACGGGGAAUCCGUUACUGAUAUACGAAAGUAAGUUGGUGCAUAGCUACGAACCUUCUGGCGUACCGGAUGCCCUCGAAAUCACCAGAUGUGUAGGCCUGGCGGAGGCAUAA